CAAAGCCGGCUCACACACUUGGUGUCACAGCAGUUUCACUCCAUCAUUCCGUAGUUUUAUGUUUCUAUUUCCAGAGCCAACCAACCAUCAAGAAAUGGCCAAUCCAUUACCUGUGGUAGCCCAGGAAGAUUUGGAAAGCUUUACCUUGACCAGGACAGGCUCAGGCUUUGCACUCAAAGCCUUUCAUAUUUCCUGGAACAUUCCCAUCUCUGUGAAGCUGCUGAGCAGCCAGGACACUACAGACAGGGAGUGGAAGUUGCUACUUCAGGACAUAGCAAGUGUCAGACACUAUGAGUCUGAACGUCUCCUGCCUUUCCUUGGGAUUUACCAGUGCCAUGGACUUGUGGGGAUAGUGACUGAAUGGAUGAACAAUGGAUCCCUCCACUCCCUCAUCCAUGAGCAUCAGCUGUACCCAGAGGUUCCCUUUCCCUUACUCAUAAGGAUCCUGUCAGAUGUGGCUGAAGGGCUGCAGCAUCUUCACAGCCUCGAACCUUCUCUCUGCCACUGCAGCCUGAAACCUUCCAAUGUGCUUUUGGAUGUGCAGUACAGAGCCAAGAUCUCAGAUUAUGGCCUAACCAACUGGAGGAAACAGCAGCUGAGGGCAGACCUGCAGAACUGCCAGCAGAGAAACUGCCAGGAUUUAGUGUAUCUUUCUCCUGAAAUACUUGAAGGAGGCCUCCCUUCCCAGGAAGGUGAUAUUUACAGUUUUGGAAUCCUGUGCUGGGAGAGCCUCAGCAGACAGAAACCCUUUGAAGGUCAAGGAACGCUGCUUGAUGUUUUGAGAGGAAUCUGCAGCAGUGUGCGGCCAGGCAUUUCAGAAAAGUUCAUACCAAGCAAUUUGCCUGAGAGGAACAGACUGCUGCACCUCAUUGCUCUGUGCUGGCAUCAAGAACCAGAUUAUAGACCCCAUACUGCAGAAUGUGUACACCUUCUAAAUGGAGUUUUGACUAGUAUAAAUAAGGAAGUAAUUUCUGCAGCAAUCUACGAUUUGAUGGAUGCAAAGGAGAGAGCGCUUAAUGCAUGCAAAGGCUCCGAGACCUUCACCCUGCAGAGAGGCACCUGCAAUUCACAGAUCAUCUGUCCACAAAAAGGCAAUCGCUUAAUCAGCAAGAAAAUUCCUCUUGCAGUGCCAAGCUUGUCAACUGUUCCACCUGAUAGCAGUGCAAAUACAGCAGGAAGAGAUAAUAUUGAAAUGGGUGUGUCAAGUACUACCCCACAGAAUGCAACCAAAGAUCACCUAGGCUCUGAGAGAAGAAAACCAAGCUCCUUUUGCACAAAUCCUUCAUCUGGCUCAACUGCAGGCAAAGAGCAUAACUCCCCAGCACUGGCUCUUCAGCACAGACCACAACCAAUGCACCUGGGACAAGCAGUGACAGGUCCUUGCAGCAAAGGAAGCUGCUGUCAAAUCCUUGCCUGCCAGAGACAGAGCAUCCUGAGCUGCAUGACAGAAGGGCUCCUGAACCAUGCGCUGGACGUGCUGCGCUCGCAGCAGGCCCUGUCCCGCAUGGACUACGAGAGCAUCAGCGCCCGCCCCACGGUGACCGCCCGCGCCCGGGCCCUGCUGGACACCUGCCUCUGCCUCGGGGAGAGGGCAGCACAAGCUGCACUCACUACACUGUCAGUGAACAAAUCCAGCCCUCUGGGACAAGUCAUUCAUGCCCAGGCUGUCCUGCCAAGGUAAACAGGCUGUUGUUUUUCACGGUCUGCUGUAUGCAUCUGAGCUCUAGAAUUUGUGAUGGCAAAGAUUCACGUUGGUGUCUCACAACCCAUUGACCAAAGGCAAUUCUUCCUACAGCUCAUUAUUUGAGUACUGUAGUGGAAAAGGCUAACUGGAUUAAAAGGUCAAGUCAACUGCUGCCAACAGAAAUUGCCAAGACUGGUAUAACAAAUGCUGAUUUGGAUCUCAGAGAUGGGAAAAGUGCAAUAUGUGCCAGAAC